AUGCCCCACGGAAGGGUUUUCUGGCAUUUUUUUAUUAACAACUCCCGGAAGGGCAGCGCUGGCGCGGUGACGGCUCUCAGCGCCGGGCUCCUUCCAGAGCCUGCCAAGCGCCGCGCAUCCCGCCUGUCCCCCACGGUCAGCCCAGCGGCUGCGCCCUCCCUGCAGCGCUUGUGGGCACCAGGGCUGCAGCCCAGCACCCUCAGCGCUGCCCGGCCCGCUCCCACCGCUCGCAGAGUGCUGGGGCUGCCCGACGUGGGCAACACCCGGGAGGAGGCUGCAGAAGCCACCGCUGCGUCCAGACAGCGCAGGGGAGGGAGGAGGAAACGCGACCUGGCCGCAGCACGGGCGGGACGAGCGAGAAAAUCCCCGUGCCACAUCAGCUCCCAGGACCGCGCGCGUGUUUGGCACAUCGCGGGGCAGUUUCGCCCUACGCAAACCCGGGACUCGGCAGGGCCCGCGGGCAGCCCCCGCAGCGCCGCGGUGCCAGCCACUUCCCCAAUCCCUGCAGCACGAGGAAGACCCCGUGCCAAACCCACGGGGCCGGCGGAGGCCUCGCUCUGCCAGCGUGACCGCACGCCGCUGUCACCAGCCCCACCCGCGUCACCGCACACCAGCACGAGGCCCUCGCCCGCUCCGCGUACCGCUACCAACGGGGCGCAGGGGGAGAAGGGCCCCCCCCGCCCCACAUCCCGGCCGGCUGAGGACGGCACCAGCCCUGGAGGGGCACGGGGACGCGCGGGGGGACGUAGAAAAGAGGGGAGCGUACAAAAGGGUGAGGCAGGGAGAGGCUGGGGGGCACCGGCCGAGACCACGCUCAGAGCGAGGUGCAGGAGAGGCUCCUUCCCUCCCCGUACACCCGCGGCGGGGAGCUGCUGGGGAAGAGCUCAGCCCACGGCACCUGGGCAGCCGCGUGUCCUUCUGUCCUGCGUGGUGUCCCUCUGUCCUGCGUGGUGUCCCCGCGUCCUGCGCCUCCCCGGGGUGCCAGCCUCCCCGCCACGCAGUGCACGGGCCCAGCCUUCCCCUGCCGCAGAAGCAGGAGGGCAGGUGGCCGGGAGACGAGCCCCGCACCUCGAUGUGCGUCCCUGGCCCUUCCUCACCUGCAGCACGGAGCCAGCAGAGCCUGGGCUGCUCCUGCUGCCCCGCCACAGCAGCACGGCAGGGAAGGGAGACGAACGGCCCCAAGCCGAGAGCCGGCAGCACGGCCUCCCUCCUGCAGGAGCAGGCCACAGCCCCAGGGCUGGGAAACGGGACAAGCUGUCUCUUCGUCUGCGAUAG